CUCGGCCUUUUCCAACUGCAAGCUAAAGCGGCCCUUUGCCACCGCCGGCGAGAGCUUAGAGAUUCCGAGAUGUCGAAAGAGGUGGCGAUGGAGGGGGAGCACCGGCCGGCGAAGGACUACCACGACCCGCCUCCUGCGCCUCUGUUUGAUUUUGGGGAGCUCAAGCUGUGGUCCUUCUACAGGGCGCUCAUCGCCGAGUUCGUCGCUACCCUGCUCUUCCUCUACGUCACCGUGGCCACCGACAUCGGGUACAACGUCCAGUCCCAGGGACAACAGUGUGGCGGCGUCGGCAUCCUGGGCAUCGCUUGGGCCUUCGGGGGCAUGAUUUUCAUACUCGUCUACUGCACCGCCGGCAUCUCAGGUGGGCACAUCAAUCCGGCGGUGACGCUCGGGCUGUUCCUGGCGCGGAAGGUGUCGCUGGUGCGCGCGGUGCUUUACAUGGUGGCGCAGUGCCUGGGCGCUAUCUGCGGCGUAGGGAUCGUGAAGGGCAUCAUGAAGCAUCCGUUCAACCAGUUCGGCGGCGGCGCGAACGCCGUGGCCGUCGGCUACUCGAAGGGCACAGCGCUCGGCGCCGAGAUCAUCGGCACCUUCGUCCUCGUCUACACCGUCUUCUCCGCCACCGACCCCAAGCGCAGCGCCCGCGAUUCCCACGUCCCGGUGCUGGCUCCCCUGCCCAUUGGGUUCGCCGUGUUCAUGGUGCAUCUGGCGACGAUCCCCAUCACCGGCACCGGCAUCAACCCCGCGAGGAGUUUCGGAGCGGCGGUCAUCUACAACCAGAGCAAGCCAUGGCAUGAUCACUGGAUCUUCUGGGUCGGUCCUUUCAUCGGAGCUCUGGCGGCGGCCGUGUACCACCAGUUCGUGUUGAGGGCGACGGCAAUCAAGGCCUUGGGAUCCUUCCGGAGCACCCGCAGCAUCUGAAGAAACUACCUGGAGCAUCUCCUUUGAUUUAUAAUUCAGUGGGCUAGGAUUGAUCGAAACCUGCUCGAACUAUCUCUAUCACUCGUGCCUCUGCCUUUUCUCGUGUACUUUUUGUUGCUACUCCGAUCGAUGUUCAAUGGACUCUUUAAUUAAUUAAUCUCGUUGGAUCGAUACAAAA